ACGAGCUCGCGCUCAUGGCGGCUGCACGGAGGGCGCGCGCAGUCCUGAUGCGCCUCAGUUUGUAAACGCGAGAAAAGAAACAAAAACGUUAAAAAUGUGGCGGGGAUAAACCAAACGGCCUUCGUUUUUACAUUUUAAAUAAUGUUUGCAGAGGCCAGUCUGUCUGUCUGGGGAUGGGGGAGUUUGGGUGUCGUGCUCUUCCUCAUCUCAUUCGGACCCUUUGCCAUCUUUUAUCUGGCCUUCUACGUCCUCUGCUUUAUUGGCGGGGGUUUUGUAGUACUUCUUUUAUUUGGAAAGACACACUCAGAGAAGCACCUGGAAAGGUGUGAACACUCCUACCUGCCGUCCACGCAGACGGCCAUACACAAGGUUUCAGAAGAGAUGAAAUCCGAGUCCAAACCCAUUAAGAUUGACCGGCGUUUAACUGGAUCGAAUAUUAUAGAUGAACCACUGCAGCAGGUGAUCCAGUUUGCUUUGAGAGACUACAUUCAGUACUGGUAUUACACACUAAGUGACGAUGAGACUUUUCUCCUGGAGAUCAGACAGACGGUUCAGAACGCUCUCGUCGAGUUCUCCACCAGAUCUAAAGAAUUGGACUGGCAGCCGUAUUUCACUACCAGACUGGUGGAUGAUUUCGCGACUCACCUGCGUGUUUUCAGGAAAGCUCAGGAGAGACUGAACGAGAGAGAAGAUCAGAAACAACGUGAUGCAGCAGACGAGUUGAUAGACUCGUUUUUUGAAGCAGAGGUGGAAAUGGAGAGGAGCGUUUGUAGAGACGUGGUGUGCACGUCCCGCAAAGACGAGGAAGGUUACCUGCGAGACCUCUGUGAAGUGCUGCUCUAUCUGUUACUACCUCCAGGAGAUUUCCACAACAAGAAUAUGAGAUACUUCCUCAGGGAAGUUCUGGCCCGAGGAGUUCUGCUGCCCUUAAUAAACCAGCUGAGUGACCCCGAUUACAUCAAUCAGUUCAUCAUCUGGAUGAUCCAUGACUCCAGCUGUAACUACGAGGCCUUCUUGAACAUUUUAAAGCUGACAGAUAAAGUCUUUGAGCUGGAGGCCGUCAAAGACAAAGUCCUGGAGGAGCUUCAGUACCUGCGAUCUCUGGACACUGCUGGAGACGAUAUUAACGUUAUAAAAAAUCAAAUCAACAGUUUGAACUUUGUGAAGAAAAUCUGUGAAACACGAAUACAACGACUAAAAUCGGGGAAGGACGUCGAUGCUUUAAAACUUGCAGCUAAUUUUGGGAAGUUAUGCGUGAUCCCGCUGGAGCACAUCUUAGUUCAUAACAUCGCACUUCAAUUCUUCAUGGACUACAUGCAGUAUAUGGGCGGUCAGGCGGUUCUGUUCUUCUGGCUGACGGUGGAGGGGUACCGGGUCACGGCCCAGCAGCAGCUGGAGGUCUUACAGAGCAGUCAGAGAGACGGACAGAGGCAAAGCAGCCAGACCACCAAAGGACUGCUGAGAGCCGCUGCGCUGGGUGUAUAUGAUCAGUACCUGUCUGAGAAGGCCUCUCCCAGGGUGCAGGUGGACGAUGCAGCUGUAGCACGACUGGCUCAAAAACUCAACAAAGAAGAUCCCACACCGGAGAUAUUCGAUGAGAUCCAGAGAAAAGUGUAUGAUAUGAUGUUGAAGGAUGACAGAUAUUACCCAAAGUUCAAGCACCAUCCUCUGUAUGUGCGUAUGCUGGCCGAACUGGACAUGCUGAAGGAACCCAGCUUCCGAGGUUCUGAUGAUGGAGACGGAGAAUCAUUCAACGGUUCUCCAACAGGCAGCAUUAAUUUAUCAUUAGAUGAUCUCAGCAGUGGAAGCAUGGAUGAAUCUGUUCAGCUUCACGCCUUCAUCUCUGACACGGGCGUGUGCAACGAUCACGGCAAGACGUACGCGCUCUACACCAUCACCGUCGUGCGCAAGAACUCGGACGGCAGCGAGGACACCUGGAAGACGUACCGGCGCUACAGCGAUUUUCACGACUUCCACAUGCGCAUCAUAGAGCAGUUCGAGAGCCUUGCGCCGAUUCUCAAGCUUCCAGGCAAAAAGACCUUCAACAACAUGGACAGAGAGUUCUUGGAGAAGAGAAAGAAAGAUCUGAACGCGUAUCUGCAGCUACUGCUGAAUCCAGAGAUUCUGAAGGCUUGUCCCAUCCUGAUGCCGUACGUCUAUGACUUCCUGGAAAAUAAAGCCUACAGCAGGGGCAAAGGAGACUUUGCACGCAAGAUGGACACGUUUGUGAAUCCCCUCCGGAGCUCCAUGCGGAACGUGUCCAAUGCCGUGAAGUCCCUGCCGGACAGCCUGGCUGAGGGAGCGUCCAAAGUCUCGGCUGAUAUGGGCCGCAUGUCCGAGAAACUUGGCCAGGACAUUAAACAAUCCAUAUUUAAGGUGCCUCCUUUGAUCCCAAAAUCAAACAUUGAUCCUGAACACUGCCGCGUCGCCGCCCAACUGGACGACAAUGUGGAUGACAAUAUUCCUCUGAGGGUGAUGCUGUUGCUGAUGGACGAGGUGUUUGACCUGAAAGAGAGAAAUCAGUGGCUGAGGAGGAACAUCAAAAACCUCCUACAGCAGCUCAUCAAAGCCACACAUGGAGACACUAUUAACAGGAAAAUCGUGGACCACGUGGACAACAUGACCUCGCCGGAGCAGGUGGCCGAUUACGUGAAGAGAUUCAGAGAUUCCUACUGGCCUAACGGGAUCCUGGCGGAGACUCCGCCCCGCAGAGAGACAAACACCCGCAUGAGGACCAGAGUCGCAGCUAAGACCACACUGUUGGGUAUCAUGCCAGACGAGUUGAAGCACAUCAUCGGGGCGGACACCAGUCGAAAGGGCAUCCUUCGUGUCUUCGACAUGUUCCAGCACCAGCCGCUGAACCGCCGGCUGGUCUACGUCUUUAUCGAGGGCUUCCUGGAGGUGCUGUUCCCGCAGCACAAGUUUCCCGAGCUCUUCGUGAAGCUGCACUCCCGCUCGCCGCGCGUGCUCAAGUACUCAAAGAAAGUCCGCAGCUUGCAGAAGAGGUGACAGACGGCCGUUUCUUUCCGCCUCACCGCUGCAUAGGGUCAGGAGUCGGCCGUCAGCAGGGUGCGGGGAGGGCGUGUGCGGCGCUCUGCACCACACUGGGUUCUGCGGUUGCUGCUUGAACACAUGCCCUCUCUUAGUGCCUCCUGUCCUGUACGUUCGGGAAUAAAAGCACUGUAGCCACACGGCCGUAGCAUUAGAGGAUUCAUUUUAUCAUCACGAACCGUUCGGUCAAACACGGCUCUCCUGUACCGCUACGAAAGACCGGGUCGUUUUCGUUCGCUGUUGGGUUGGCUUGUUUUCUCCGUCUGAUGUUUGGAUGACACUGUGUAGAUACCAUUUCUGUGAACAGAUGUUCUUUAUUUUUGGCUUCUUUUGGGUUUCUAUUGUAUUUGGUCAAACACACCUCAUCAUGAAUACUGUAUGAUAAAGGAGAUCCGACCGAACCGAUCUAUGCACCUUAAAACACUCAUCACAGGCCCGUCUGAGAAUCAGUGGCGGUGUGAAGAGACGACAGAAAUGUAUUGAUAUUCUUUCGCAAAGACACACUUCUCAUUAAAGAGGUUCUCCUGCCAACCAAUCAGUGGCACGUUGUGGGUGGGGUCACGCAUCUCAUGUGUCAGCCUUGUGCUCAUACAUGCAUAAAACGUAAUCAAAAAUGACAAAAGAAGCCCCACCAGACAUAUCGUUAUUAAAUUAAUGCACAUAACCAAUAAGUUGCAUGGCAGUCUCGGAAGUUCAGGUCCCGCGUGGAAUUCAUGGCAUAUGGAGAUAUGCUUUAAAGAAUGGACCUGUCUCUCGUGAGUUUGUGCGUGUUCUGUUUUUAUAACUCGAUUGAACGGAGGGUCGUGUUCUUGCGUUUAUUUUUAAAAAGAAACUUAUUUUAGAAUAGCGAGUGUAGCACUAAACUGCAAAUGUGUGAUGCCUAAGACUGUUUCAGUGUGAGAAAUAGAUUCAGCCUUAAAUUGAACAUCAUCAGGUGUGUGUCAGACGUAGCUUUCCCUUCAAACACACUAAAGAAGAUAUUCACAGUCGUCCAAAUCUUAUCUGACCUUCAAUCGGGGAAUAUGUAAUCUGUGUCUGUGCAAUAUUUUUGUUUUGUUUUGUUUUGUUUUGUUUUGUUUUGUUUAAUACAUGUUAUCUAAUCCUAUAUGGAAUCAUUUUCAAGUAUAUUUGAGUGCAGAAUUUUAAAACCGAAUCUGAAACCACACGAAACUCUACUGCUCCUAAAACCAUGUAACAUUCCGUUGUGUAAAUGGCUUUAUGUGAAGGACUUGUUUUAUAAGUCUGGCUUUUAUCUGUACGUCGGGGAUGUUUGUUUUUAACGUUUCGUCACUCCAAUAUAUGUUUUAGGAAAGAGCGAAAGCACAUUUAAGAUCAAACAUGCAAAGACGUGGAACACUCUGUGUUAUGUGUUGGAUGUGCCGAGGUCAUCGUUUGUGAGGUUUUAGGGCACACAGAUCCACAACUCCCACUUCAGUCACACUUGAUGUGUUGUUUCUACACUUUUAUAGCUCACUGGAUCUGUUUGCCCCUUAAAUUUCAUUUUGGCCUGUUUUAACCCAAACAAUAUUUUGCAUCAAGAAAAUGAAGCCUGCUUUUAAGACAUUUGGAUUUAUUGCAUUUUGAAUAUUAUUUUACAUUUUCCUCUAAAUUGCCAUUAUGAGCAUAAAUACAUUUUAUUACAUUAUACCAUGGUGUAUUUAUUAACGGUUUAAACAUUUUCACCUCGAAUAACAUUUUCGCACAAUACAGAAUCAGAGUGUUAUAGGCUUCAUUUUCUUCCGCACAAACAUAUUGUUUUCUUUGUUUUGUUAUGUGUUUUUGACAGGUUUCACACACCUGGUUAGCACUGAGAACUCUUAUCAGAUCAAAGAUUGACGCCCGUUCAGACUUGAGCUGAUAUUUUGCACUUACAUUCUUCAUUCAGAUGUGUUUUAAGAUCUUUUCUGUUCUCUCUUAAUUUCAUGGCAGUUGUUUGCUGUGAUUGGCUGUUUUACUCGUUUGUGAUCACACAAGGCCUCUCUUAAAGAGACAUUGCUCAUUUUUAUCCACGACAGCACAGUUGUGGGGCACACAUUAUCUUCACUCAACAGUUGAUAUGAAUGUUUUUGAUUUCGAAAUCCCCGUACAUAUGAAUCUAUGAAAAUGAAUUUUGCAUAUUGAUGUAUAGUACGUGUCAGCCGUGUGCCUAAUUGUACUGUCAAUUAUAUAAUUUUCAAAUUUUUCAGUCAAUUUGAACAUCACGAUCGUUUUAAUGGACUGAAAAUGGACUCUAUGAUGGAGUAGAGUGUUUGCAUUACGCUUCUAAAACAUUCAUUUUGAGCAGCUUAACUCAAUAUAACACUAAUAAAAUUAACUCCAACUCA